CAAAGAAUACACGAUUGAAGGAUUAGCAGCCUUUGUUGCUUCAUCCUUUGUUUUCCAAGAAAGAUUCCCUGGGCCAAGGCACUGGCACUGUUCUCCUAGCCCACCAUACCACACCUGGGUUGUGCAGGAUGGAUACCUUCACUCCAGGGCAAAUGGGCUCUCUUUUGGUUCUGAUAGCAGUAGCUAUCUGGCAAGGCUCAGCUUCUCCCACCAUUCACCCUAAUCUUGACAUUCUGAGGGUGAAGAAAGGAGACUCCAUCCAAUUACUUUGCUUGGGGAAAUUGCCUGUUGAGUGGAUCGGUAUCCAGAAUGGGUCCACCAUGAUGGUGUAUGACAAUGGCACCCUCUACGUGCCUGAGGCUAGUUGCAACCAAAUGGGAAGCUACCAGUGUGCUUAUAUCAACAAAUCAGAAGAGGGGAUUAGAACUAUAUAUGUGGCUGUAACAGAUCCUGAGUCUGUGUGGUGUGGCCUUCACAAUGUUUAUCCUAGUGUGGAAAAGGGCAGCGAUGCCUUGAUUCCGUGCCUGAUUGCUGACCCAAGAUUCACAGGCAACAUGACCCUCCUUAAAGAUUCCUCUCCAGUUCACUCAAGAGUCUCAUUCAGUCCUAAGGAAGGAAUACGGAUUCAUAAUGUAGACCUGAGUGAUAAAGAUUCCUAUGAGUGUAAAGCCCAGGUUCAUGGAGAAUGGGUGAUUUCACCCAGAAUUACUCUUUCUGUCUAUGACAAUCACCAGCCUUUGAUGGUUACUAUUGGAGGACUAGCAAACCAUGUGCGGUUACAAGGAGAACCAUUCAGCAUUUCCUGCAGAGUACAAUAUUACUCCUUUGAAUAUAAUGGCACAUGGAUCUAUCCCCUGACUGCAAACGCCAUCUGGAAUACAACGGAUUUAGAUACUGGAUUAUCUCAGUCAUACGCCACUGAUUACUUCCUAUUCAUUUCAGCAGUUCAGUUACAAGACAGUGGAAUAUAUACUUGUCAUGCGGAAGCUGCCCAAUCACAUGUAAAUGUUUCAGCUACUCUCCAAGUGCUAGAGAAAGGGUAUCUGCGCUUGUCCACGUUACAGAACAAAAUUCAGGAGACAAACUUGCAUCUGAAGCUAAAUCUUCAGGUGCUUAUUGAUGCUUAUCCUAGACCUUCAACAUAUAGAUGGAUACAUGUGAACCCAUCAAGAACGUCCAAAGGAACUGGCCACAUGAUUUUUGGUCAACAAAGACACAACAAUACACUCGAGCUGAAUUGGAUGGAGGAAAAACACAGUGGUGAAUAUAUAUUUUUUGCAGACAAUGGGGAAGCCAAUGCAUCUAUUCAUUUUUACGUCUCUGUGAAAACUAAACCAAAAGUUACAAUGUUGACCAACAUUUCCAAUGGUCUCCAAUGUGAAGUAACUGGCUAUCCUCCUCCACAUAUUCAGUGGUACAAAUUGCACCCCCAUGUUGAUAGGUGCGGUCAACACGGGGCCCUGGUUUUUAAUGACUCCAGUCCAAAGAUCAUGAGUCAAAUUCCCUUUGGAAGUGUGUCAUUGAAGAGUGUCUUUAAAGGGAAGAUGAAGGACAGUGAGCACGUUUGCUGUUUUGCAGUUAAUAGUGCUGGAAAUGACUCCAGUUUCAUUACAUUUUCUGUUUCUGAGGUUACUGGAAAGGAGAACAAGAUCUCCAAACUACUUUAUGCAGUCUUUGGAGGCACAAUGGGUUUUCUUCUUCUAUGUAUCAUCAUCUUGGUCUAUAAAUAUAAACAGAAACCAAAAUAUCAAGUCCACUGGAAGAUUAUUGAAGCCUGUGAAGGAAACAAUUACAUCUUUAUUGACCCUACCCAGCUUCCUUACAAUGAGAAAUGGGAAUUUCCUAGAAGCAACCUGCAAUUUGGAAAAGUCCUUGGAGCUGGAGCUUUUGGGAAGGUGAUUGAAGCCACAGCUUUUGGGCUGGGAAAGGAGGAUUCUGUUUUGAAGGUGGCAGUGAAAAUGCUGAAAUCAACUGCACAUACAGAUGAGAAAGAAGCUCUUAUGUCUGAGCUGAAAAUCAUGAGCCAUUUGGGUCACCAUGAAAAUAUUGUCAAUCUUCUAGGAGCAUGUACCCAUGGAGGACCUGUCCUUGUAAUUACUGAAUAUUGUCCCUUUGGGGACUUGCUGAACUUCCUGAGAGAAAAAGCUGAGCAUCUCAUAAUUGAGGGUUUAACCUUGGAAUACACUUUUGAUAGCAUGAUGGCUGAUUACAAAAAUAUCUACCUUGGAAAAAAGUAUGUCCAAAGAAGUGAUAGUGGAUUUGGAUGCCAAAGUGUUGACAGUUAUUUGGAAAUGAAAUCGGUCAUAGCAUCAAUGCCUACGCCAGCACAAGGAACAAGUUUGGUAUCAGCUGAAGGGAAAAAAAACCUACAUUCUCUUGAUCUCUUUGACUUGCUGCAGUUCUCCAACCAAGUGGCCCAGGGGAUGACUUUCCUGGCUUCAAAAAACUGCAUCCAUCGAGAUUUGGCAGCACGGAACGUGCUAGUGGCUGAUGGACUAGUGGCUAAGAUCUGUGACUUCGGCCUGGCCAGAGAUAUUGUGAAUGACAGCAAUUAUGUCGUGAAGGGCAAUGCUCGCCUCCCAGUGAAAUGGAUGGCACCAGAGAGCAUCUUUGAAUGUGUCUACACAGUACAGAGCGAUGUGUGGUCUUAUGGCAUCCUUCUCUGGGAGAUAUUCUCUCUAGGAAGAAGUCCCUAUCCUGGCAUAAAAGUGAAUAAUAAGUUUUAUAGCCUUGUGAAACAAGGAUAUCAUAUGGGGAAGCCAGAUUUUGCUCCAGAUGAUAUGUACAAUAUAAUGACGGCAUGCUGGAAAUUGGAGCCCACUCAACGGCCAACUUUCAGUCAGAUCUGCACCUUAAUUCAGAAGCAGCUGGAUGCCAUUAAGGAACAGGAUUAUACAAACUUGCCCUGCCCCAGAGAAGAGCAAGACAGUGGAUGUGACCCUACCAGCUGCUUUGAAGAAUCCUGUGAGUCAGGAGAAGUGGAGCAACCCCUUCUUAACAGCAACAAUUAUCAGUUUUGUUAGGGUGUAUUGUUCUGGGCCUUCUGGAUGAUGAAAUACCAACUGAGAUUGGACUUGGAUUUCAUGCAACCCCCAAUCCCUUUUUGAGGCUUUUCACAUCAGAAAACGAGAGAGUCAUACAUAAGUCACAGACUGGGUUCGUGCCUUGCACUGACAGCAGAUUCCUAAAUUCUCCCAUUCUACCUGAUUCUAACUACUGGCAGGAGGGGUUGAUCACUGUUGACAGCUUAACCUAUAUAGGACAUUGGUGAAUCGGUGCCUCAACUUUGCAGAAUGGGAGAGACUGUGCAGUCGCAGGAAACAAAGCUUAAUAAGGCAGAUGGACUUACUUUCUUUUCUCUAUAUACCUUUCUGCUACAAGCUAUCAACCCUAUAAACUAGAUAUGUGAGAGGUAAAAGAAUAAGAUUACCCACAUUUUGUGCUAGAUGGGGGUUUUGCAGAGCAAGAACAGGGAACAGAAAGAAGUGGAGGCAUUCCCCUUGUAACCUGCCAUUCUACAGUCAUUUCUUGUAGCUUAGAUGGGCAGACUGAAAUCCAUGGCAGAUAAUCAAACCAAAAGGGGACCUCACUGGAAGAGAGGUGUCCUUUGGCAGUAGGAAGGAUUGUUGAACAUAAGGAGGAUGGUGGGAAGAUUUCUCGAGAGCCACUGCAUUCAUCUCAUCCUUGAAACAACCUCCAAACCUGGAAAAAUAACCAAACUUCUACCAUUUUGCCACUGAGUUUUGGCAUGGGUUGAAAGGAUGGGCCAAAAGUUGUUCACCCAUCAUAGAGAAGAAAACUGCUGGGCCAGUUAAAAAAAGAAAAUAAAUCUAAUUCUCCUAAACUUUUUUUUAAGCUUCAAGAAGUAGCAACUCUGUUUUUCUCUCAUUUGGCAUUACCAUUUCACAGCAUGAGCAUUACUUGGCAAUAAUUGUUUGGAUAUUAUUACUGAAAGAAGGGAAUAUAAGCCACUCACUGUCCCUCUGUAUUGAACUGGCAUAAAACCACCAAUAAAUUAAUUACAGGUAAUCCUCAACUUAUGACCACAAUUGAGCCCAGAAUUUCUGUUGCUUAGUGAGAAAUUUGUUAAGU